AUGAAUGAAACGCCGCGCGUGCGGUCGGGCUGGUUCCCACAGACCCCAGGGACCGUAGCUCCCAGACAGAGAAGAGAACAACCUCCUACACCUGGCUCAACACCAAGACAACAGCGCCCAGCAAGGCCCUCGUUGCCCCCAGCACCAGAGAAUAGAACCGCUGCCGCCGCCGCAACCGAUCGGCCGCCCUUGAUACCCUUGACAGUCAUCGACGCUCCUAGUCAGAGAUUCUACGCCGUCUCGAUAUAUUUUGCCCUGUUUGCGUACAGGUUUUGGGACUGGCUCAGUGUGGUCGAGGAAGAUACUGGUUCUUUUGCACUAUUCGCAAAAUGGAUAGUCAUUGAUUUCACUUUCUUGUUCGUCGUCUUGCCGACCUUCAGGAUACCAUGGCUCGACUUUUCCCAACCAGUUGUCAUCACCCUUUUUGCCUGGCAGCAGGCACUCAACUGGGUGCUCAUGUUCAAUGUCCAAGUCUCGUGGACGGCAUGGCUGCUUGGUGUUGUCAAGAUAUUCUACGACAGAGGAGAGCUCUCCAUUUCCGAGCACAAUGUCAAGGUCUCGAGCAUUCUGCAGAAUUCUUCCCUGAUUAUGGGCAAGCAGAUCAUCAACAUUCUGCCCGAGGGCUCUGCUUUGCUAAACCCUGAAAAGACACCCUUCUGCAUUGGACAGGGAGGAAAAAAUGUGGUUGCAGUUCCGCUCUACUUUAAUGCUACCAUCCCGGCCGAGGUCGAGCUGAUCCGUAUCGAUUUGGAAACCAACAAUGAGGAGGUGGUCAAAUUCACCAAGUCACAAAUUCGUGAGAUUGAUAGACAAGCCAAGAAGAUCACCGAGGACGGAACAGUCACCUCGUACAAGUAUGACGUGCCCAUUAAGAAGUCGGGCGCAUAUCGUCUCCACAAGGUCUUGGACGAAUACAAGUUGGAGGUGCAGAGGAUCACCGAACCCACAUACGUGGUGCCCUGUCCCAGAGCUCAGGUCCGCCGUGCCGAGUCUUCGAAUCGCUGCAUCAAUGAUUUGUCCGACCUAUCUCUGGAUGUCCACGGAACGCCGCCGCUCAAGAUUGUCUACAGCCGGACCAUCAAUGGUAAAGAUCACAGCUUCCACUUCCAGAGUCUUCAACCUGACGGGUUCUCUUCUCCGUUGCUUGGCUCUGCAAGGACCUCUGGUCUCAUUCUGCAAGAUGGUGAGGACGUUUCUUGGGCCAGAGCGCAAACUGUCGCCGUGUCUCUCAACGAGUCAAUGAGCCAGGCCGGGGAUUGGCAGUACUCCAUUGAUGAGGUCCACGAUGUUUUCGGAAAUGUUGUCAAGUACACUGUUUCUGGUGACGAUGUCGAGGCGAAACCAAAGCCAAAACAUCUGGCACAGAACUAUCAUGUUCGAGAACGACCUCAAGCGACUCUACGCGGUUGUGACUUGAGAAACCCCCUUAAGGUGGCCAAGGGGCAAUCGACAAACCUGCCUGUCAGCUUCAGCCUGCCUGGGCGCGCCGCGAGCCAAACAGGAUAUACUCUUACCUGGCAAUUCUCGCCGAUCGACACUCUUAGUAAGAGCGGUGAUCACGGCGAUGUCGUUGAAACUGGCACUUUCGUUGCCAAGAAUGCAGUCGAUCAACCAGCAAUUUCUGCGCCUGGUCUCUACACUCUAAAGUCGAUAUCGUGUGAUUCUUGCGAGGGAGAGAUCGAGGAGCCGUCUUCGUGUCUGCUGUUGAACCCGCUGGAGCCCAAGCUGUCUCUACGAUCCGAGGAGAUUCCCGACAAGUGCGCCGGCAACUCCAUUGGUCUGCGAGUCGACCUGGAUCUCGUGGGUACGCCUCCUUUCAAGGUUGUCUACGAUGUCAUUAGCGAUACCGAGCGAUCUCACAGAGAGAGCGUCAUGGUCAAAGGACUACGCCAGCAGAUUGAACUUCUGCCUCGGAACGCUGGCCGCUACCAGUACCGAUUCAGACAGUUGGAGGAUGCCAUCUACAAGAACAUCCCUCUGCCACUUAGCGACGAGUAUUAUCUCGAGCAGAAUGUCAAGCCUCCUGCCUCUGCCUUUUUCCGUGACCAACCAGCCGCUAUCAGCGCCUGUUUGGAUGAGCCGAUCAAGGCGGACGUGGCACUGCGUGGCGACGGACCGUUCAUUCUCGAAUGGGAACUUGUCCAUGAGGGCAAGAAGAAGUCCCACAAAGUCACGGAUAUCACAACGGAAUCUUUUACCAUUCAAACUGAUCCUCUGUCUCGUGGUGGUGACUACACACUUGCCUUGACCAGCAUUCAGGACAAGACUGGCUGUCGUAUCUUCUUGAAGGAAGAAAUCAAGAUCACCGUUCGUCGCCAGCGGCCUCGUGCCGCAUUUGGCGUCAUUGAGAACAAGAAGACGACAACGGUUGUUGAAGAUGCCAAGGUAAAUAUACCACUCAAACUUUCCGGUGAAGCUCCAUGGAGAGUGACAUACCGCAACACGGAAAGCAGCAGAGGGGAUCAGACCAUAGUUGCCCGCUCCAACAAUGAUUUCCUUGAGGUAUCUGAACGUGGCACCUUUGAAAUCCUUGAUGUUUCCGACAGGCAAUGCCACGGACAGGUCGACCCAAAGAUGUCUACUUUUGAGGUCAACUGGUUUCAACGGCCAGAGCUUGCUCUGGUUCAGACUGAGACCAUUUCGCAACGCGGCAGCGUCUUUGUCAAACAAGAUGUCUGUGAAGGUGAUAUUGAUGGAUUUGAGGUUGCGCUCAAGGGAUCUCCUCCAUACCAUGUUUCCUACGAACUCAAACACAAGCCCAAGAGUGGCUCAGGUUCGGUUGCCAGAAAGGAAUUCGACGCUGCAAUGCCCAAGGCCUCGAUCCCGAUGGAUACUAACAAGGCAGGACUAUACACAUACAAGUUCUCAGCACUGGCAGACAACCUCUACAAUAAUGACAAGAGGAAGUUCCAACCCCUUACGCUGGAACAGACUGUCAACGCCAAACCAACUGCUUCCUUUGCCAGGCCAGGUCAGAUCUUCAAGCUCUGCGUGUCGGAACAAGACUACGAGGAAAAGAUCCCCAUCAAUCUCCAGGGCGUUGCACCUUUCUAUGUCGAAAUAGAGAUUCGUCACCAUACAGGCAGCAUCCCUGAGACGUUCCGCAUCCCUAGCAUUCCAUCAAACACGUAUGGAAUCCAGAUACCCCGGCAGUAUCUCAAACUUGGCGCUCAGACGGUUCGGAUCCGAAAGGUUCGUGAUGCUCGUGGCUGCCAGCAGAAGAUUGAGGUCGGCGGGCCGUCGGUCCAGGUUCAGUUGUAUGAUGCCCCAGCAAUCUAUCCUCUGGAGACACGGAACGACUACUGCGUGGGCGAGAGGAUUGCGUACACCCUAUCUGGCACACCGCCGUUUGAAGUACACUACACUUUUGCUGGCGAGGAGAAGAAGGCCAAAUCUCAGACCACCACCUUCCGUCGUAUCGCUGAAGCGCCUGGCGAGUUUAAAAUCACCUCUAUUAGCGACAAGGCAUCAGAAUGCCGCGCUGCGAUCGAUUUGUCCAAGACGAUCCAUCCCAUGCCUUCGGUCAGGAUCAGUCGUGGCAAGAUUGUGCGCACCGACAUCCACGAGGGCUCAGAGGUCGAGAUUCUAUUCGAGUUCUGGGGUACACCACCCUUUGAGUUCACCUACACACGUUCGACCAAUGCCAAGAAGGGACAAAAGAGCCAUGUCCUUGAGACUAGGCAUGAUGUCUCGUAUGAAAACCAAAAGGUAGUGACUGCCAGUCUGGAAGGAACGUACGAAGUUGUUGCCAUCAAGGAUAAGUUCUGUGCUUUCAGUACAAUGACCUCGGAGGGCAAGAGCAAAGGAUCUGGUCAGAAGAUGUUGACGUAUUAG